AUGCGCACCAGGCCACAACGAGCAAUCUUCGGCACGGCAGCCGGCUCUCUCCAUGGUGCGCUUGCCAGCAGCGGCUGCGCUGGCCGGCUCGUGCGGCCAGGUCUCAGCUUCUUGCUGGUCGUCAGCGUGGUGCCUGAAAGCGCUUCAAGCUCAUCACGCUCAGAGGCCAGGGCGCUGACGUCCAUCUGCUCGGACGUCUCGAACUACUGCGACCAAUGGUCGGGCGACUGCACCACGAUGUUCUGCGAGGGGUGUCCCAUGGCAGGCAUCUGCGACACAACUUGCAGUAUCAGCACCAGCAGUACCUGUCCAACGGCCUCCGAGUCGGGCUGCUACCAGGCGAACGACACCCAGACGUCCGCCGUGUGCGCCCAGCUGGCCUGCGAUUCCGUGUGGGUCAAGUCCCCAGGAAGUUGCGACCAAUACUGCGACUUCUGCACCCUCUCCAAGGAGCCAACCUGCUACGUUUGUGAGAACUUCCUGCCCACUGACUGCGAAUACCCCGACUCCGAAAUAGGAGCCUACUGCUUCACGGACUGCUCGAUCGACUACUGCGUGGCAACGUCGACCUCGACGGCCACCACCAGCUCGACGAGCAGCUCGGUGACGACCGGCUCGGCAACGACCACCUCGAUCACUACCACAUCGCGCAGCACCACAUCAGGCACAAGCUUGUCAUCCACAAUCACCAGCAUGUCAAUCACCACCACGUCGAGCAGCACCGCUUCGGGCACAAGCACCUCAAGCAUCACGGCAACCUCGACCCUCACGCCGUGCGUGGAUGUAGUGCCGGAUCAGCUCGGAUACACGGGGGUGCUUGGCUGGGAAGACAGCAACGGCUUCGCCUGCGAGUGGUACUUUGACAACGCCUGCUUCCCGGGCACCAGCCUCGCGGCCAGCUUCGCGAACUACGGCAUGACGGCGAGCGAAGCGUGCUGCGCCUGCGGCGGCGGGAUGAACGGAUACUCAUCUACGACGGAGACUGGCACCACCACCUCGCACUGCGAAGACUGGAGGCCUGCUUCAGAAGACUAUUGGUACGUCGACAGCACGAGCCAAGACUGCAGCUACCUCGCGUACUUCUGCCAGAAGGACAUCGCCUCCGUGGUCAGCUUCGGGCACACCGCCACGGAGGCCUGCUGCUAUUGCGGCGGCGGGACAGGUUUUACCUCCACGCGCACCUCUGUCACUGACAGCUCAAGCAGCACCAUCUCGGCCACCACGAGCACCACGGAUGUCACCUACACGUUCACGCUUUCAUCUUCUACUACGAUCACUUCGACGACUUCCACUUCGUCUCCGACCACCCACUCGUCAUCCACUAGCACCACCGCCUCGUCCGUCACGCGGUGCGAGGAUUGGGUCCCUCUCAUGAUGGGGCUCACGGAGAACGCGUGGUACGACUCCGGAGGCGCC